AUGGCCGCUCUCAUAGACUCUGAUCUCCCCGAUCUCAAACUCAUUUCGAAAGGAAAAGUGAGGGACAUCUACAGUACCUCUUCUCCGGACCACCUCCUAUUUGUCGCGUCAGACAGAAUCUCUGCAUACGAUGUCAUCUUGAAAAAUGGUAUUCCAGACAAGGGCAAGCUUCUGACGCAAAUUUCGCUGUUCUGGUUUCAAAAGCUCGGGGACAUCAUCCCCAACCACUUCGUCACUGCCAACGUCGAUGAGAUGCCCGCCGAGAUCCAUAAAUAUAAAGAUCAGCUAGAAGGACGCGCGAUGCUUGUGAAGAAGGCCGAGGUCGUCCCCCUGGAAGCGAUUGUGAGAGGUUACAUGGCUGGAUCUGCAUGGUCGGAGUAUAAGAAGAGCGGAACGGUUCAUUCUAUCCCUAUGCCGGAAGGACUUCUUGAAGGGCAGCAACUCCCUCAGCCUAUCUUUACUCCUUCGACGAAGGCGGAGCAGGGAGCGCAUGACGAAAACAUCUCACCCGAGCAAGCGGCGAAGAUAGUGGGCCAGGAGCUGUAUGACCAGAUCUCCACCGCCGCCCUCAAAUUGUAUACAACCGCCUCUCAGCACGCGCGCGCCCGGGGGGUCAUUCUCGCCGACACUAAGUUCGAAUUUGGCCUCAUCCCUUCAUCCGACGGCUCGGACAAAAAGCAGCUCAUUCUCAUAGACGAGCUGCUUACCCCCGAUUCGUCGCGGUACUGGCCUGUCGAUGGUUACAAAGUGGGCGGUGCACAACCAAGCUUUGACAAGCAAUAUCUCAGAGACUGGCUCGUACGCUCUGGUUUCAAGAAGGGGUUGGAGAGCGGCCCCCUUGGCAAGGAAGGUCAAGGUUGGGUGAUUGACGAGGAUAUUGUGCAAGGCACGAGGGAAAGAUAUGCGGAGGCGGUAAAUCUCCUUACAAAGUAG